AGCAGGGCGCCUGGGAUCCCACUCACCCUCCCCUCCUGCCCGCCGGAGCAUCUUUGCAGAGCAGCCUGGGCGGGGUGGUUCCCUUUCCCAGACGACGGGGCUGCAAUGCGGGGCUCUGGGCCGCGUCCAAGAGAGGAGGAGCCUCUUCCUCCUGCUGCUGCUGCCCUCCUCCCCCCUCCAGUUCGCGACUUGGGGGCCUAUAAAGCGGCAUCUCCGAAGGCGGCGCCUUCUUCCCCCGUCGAGAACUUCGCGGCUCCGUCCCAGCCUCGACGCCGCCUCUUCUCCUUCUCCAUCUCUCUCUGGGCACAGCCGCUGCGCCAUGAGCCACCAUCACCACUCCGGCGCCAUCCGCGCCACCUCGUACCGCCGCACUUUCGGGCCGCCGCCCAUGCUGUCCCCGCUGUCGUACUCCUCGUCCCGCCUGGCCUCGUCCUCUUCGGCCACGCGGCUGCUGAGCACACCCUCGACGGCGGCAUCCAUGCGCUCCUACCGGGCCAGUGGCGGCGGCGGCGCGGUGACCUUCCGAUCCUCCAGCGCGCCGGCUCCGCGCUACUCCUACGGGGCGGCCGAGAAGCUGGACUUCUCGGUAGCCGAGGCGCUGAACCAGGAGUUCCUGGCCACGCGGAGCAACGAGAAGCAGGAGCUGCAGGAGCUCAACGACCGCUUCGCCAGCUUCAUCGAGAAAGUGCGCUACCUGGAGACGCAGAACGCGGCGCUGCUGGCCGAGCUGGGCCACGCGCGCUCCAAGGAGCCCACGCGCGCCGCCGACCUCUUCCAAGACGAGCUCCGCGAGCUGCGCAGGCAGGUGGACGCGCUGGGCAAGGAUCGCGACCGCCUGCAGGUCGAGAGGGACAACAUGGCCGAGGAUCUGGCCGCCCUCAAGCAGAGGCUGGAUGAGGAGAUGCACAAGCGCGAAGAUGCUGAAGGGAACCUGGUUUUGUUCCGCAAGGAUGUGGACGAUGCCACCCUCUCGCGCCUGGAGCUGGAGCGCAAGAUUGAAUCCCUCAUGGAUGAAAUUGAAUUCCUCAAGAAACUACAUGAAGAGGAGCUGAACGACAUGCAGGUGAGCAUGCACAGCCAGCAGCAGGUGCAAGUGGAGGUGGAGCAGGCCAAGCCGGACCUGACAGCUGCCUUGCGGGACAUCCGCACCCAGUAUGAGAGCAUCGCGGUCAAGAACCUGCAGGAGGCCGAGGAGUGGUACAAAUCCAAGUUUGCUGACCUGUCGGACGCAGCCAACCGGAACCACGAAGCGCUUCGCCAGGCCAAGCAGGAGAUGAACGAAUCCCGGCGCCAGAUCCAGAGCCUCACCUGUGAAGUGGAUGGACUCAAAGGAACGAACGAAGCUUUGCUGAGGCAGAUGCGAGACCUGGAGGACCAAUACGGGGUGGAGAUGGGCUCGUACCAGGACACGGUGGCCCGGCUAGAGCAGGAGAUUCAGCACAUGAAGGAAGAGAUGGCACGGCACUUGCGGGAGUACCAGGACCUCCUGAACGUCAAGAUGGCCCUCGACAUUGAGAUUGCCACCUACCGCAAGCUGCUGGAGGGGGAGGAGAGCAGGAUUGCAGUACCGGUUCAGUCCAUGGCCUCCUUCGGCUUCAAAACGACAGUUUCAGAGCCAGAGCCAACGGUGGAGAGCCACUCUAGGAAGACAGUGCUGAUCAAAACCAUUGAGACCCGGGAUGGAGAGGUGGUGACUGAAUCGAGGAAAGAGCAGAGAGCUGAGAUAGAGAAGUGAUUUGGGGAGCCCCAGGCACCUCCUCCUCCCCUUCCCCCACCCCCAAUGCCGUGGAGACGGGCACUCAGCUAUCCAAUGUGCAGAAGUCCCAACAGCAGACCCCCCCCCAAAAGCCGCACUGGCCUUAUUUAUGAUGAUGGUGAAUGAUACCUCUGACCUCCGUCCGCCUUCCCCCACUGUACCAGGCUUCCCCAGCCAGCCCUGCUUCUUCAAUGUGCACUUCUAGCCUUCCUGGGGGGCAGCCUGGUUGCGACCCCAGCAAUAACCUCACACGGGCUGGAGAGCGGGGAGUUUCUCCAUCCCCGCUUUCCUCUUCCAGCUGCCUCCUACCUCUCUUAACCACGCAGUCUCUCGCCUUGCCCGUUCCAGCCAGUGUUGUCGUGAAAGAAGAGGAGUGUUGCCUUUCUACAGGGCGUCGGGCGUUAAUCCAUGAAAGCCCAGGCUAGGCUGGCACAGAUCUGCCAGUUGUGUGUAGAGCCUAACCCUGGUGGCGAUUGCGAGAUCAAGUCCAUAGAGCAGGCACCCCCAAACUCGGCCCUCCAGAUGUUUUGGGACUACAAUUCCCAUCAUCCCUGACCACUGGUCCUGUUAGCUAGGGAUGAUGGGGGUUGUAGUCCCAAAACAGCUGGAGGGCCGAGUUUGGGGGGUGCCUGCCAUUCAUGGCUUUGCAGCUGGUAAGCUUUUCACAUCUGGCAAGUCAAGUCAGCCUAGAAACACCAAAGAGGACCAACAGUUUGGUCGCAGUCCGUUGUUUACUGGCCACCCCUGAUGGCCUUGAUACUGAUUCUGCAUACCGGCCACUGAGGCCAAAACCACCGCUUUCAGGGAUUCUCACAAAUGAGAAUCUCCUUAAUCAAGAAUGUAAGUGUGAGCUGGUGUAGCAUAUUGGCUAAGAAAGUGAGCUAUGUUAAUGGAGCAGUCCCCAGUUCAAAUCCCACCUCUGCCAUGAACUCGAUAGGUAGCCUUAGGCAAAGUUGUUCUCUCUAAGCCUCAGUGUUUUCCCUCCCUAUCUGCAGUAUGGGCAGAUGACACUACUGACUAAGCACAUCACGUGAAUUAUCUCAUUGGAAUUCUUACAGCAGCCCUCUAAGUCAAGAAUUACAAUGAGCUAAUUCAGGUGAUAUGCUUAGAGCAUCUGAAAGCACUAUACAAAUUCUAUUUAUCAUUAUUUUGUCCCCCAAAUCUUCAGAAGUGUACCCAAGCUAGAAAACUGAAUUACAUUUUUUUUAAAGAAAUCAAAUUUUGCAGGAGGCUCUUUAAAAAAGCUUUCCCCCCACCCUGGCUUUUAUGGGGUUUCGUUUAUCAUAAGGGUCCUAGUGACAAUCUUAACAGGCAAUCCUCUGUUUACUCAGAAGUAAAUCCCACAGCCUUAAAGCGAUAUUUCCUUGUCUCUUCUUUAGAGGCAAUCCAUAGGGUUAAAUUAAAUCAAUUUUCUCCAAUCAGACAAAAUGUGGUCCUUGAGAAAGACAACUUUUCAAAGGAUGAACUUACGGGCUGAUUUGCGUCCUCCCGCCACCCCCAGCCAUUUGACUUUUUCAGCCCCAUCCAGCAGGGCAAAGGAUUGUGGGAGUUGUAGUCCAACAGCAUUAGGCAGGCCAUAGCUACAAUAGCAAUCCCCUAGGGUGACCUCCCACACAGUCAUGCUCUCCUUCGCUUCCUUUCUUAUCUUCUUGUGCAACCCCCUGCAUGCACUUUCUGCAACUUCCACAAGGGAUGGUUCUGCUCUUAUCAGGCAAGAACACAGCUGGACUUCCCCAUCAUCUGUAUCGCAUACAGGUUAGUCCUAUAGGCGUGAAGAAGGCAGCUGAACAAAGAGUCCCUGGAAUACAGGGAAACACCUAGGCAUGGCUUUUUAGUACAAUCUGAGCUAACACGGUUAAAAUAACUAGUUGCACCUCGGAAGUCGAACGGAAUCCGUUCCGGAAGUCCAUUCGAUGUUUGGAAACCAAGGCGUGGCUUCCGAUUGGCUGCAGGAAACUCCUGCAGCCAAUCGGAAGCCGCAUUGGACAUUCGGGUUCCAAAGAACGUUCACAAACCGGAACACCCACUUCUGGGUUUGUGGCGUUCGGAAGCCAAAACGUUUGAGUUGCAAGGCAUUCGUCAACCAAGGUAUGCCUGUAAUAUCUAAUAAACGGGGAAAACACACACACACAUAUCCAUCCAUCCAUCACAAUUCCUUGACAUGAAUAAGUUUUGAUUAGGUAAUGCUAAUCCAUAGGUGUCUGUGGGAAUGGAGCAAAGCGGAAUUGCUGCCACCCCGAACAAUAAUUCUGAUUCCCAGCUUUCUUUCUUU